GUGGUUGGCUCGUGAGGUUGGAUUUUGGUGCUGGUGGUUAACCCGGUCAACCUAUGUGAAAGACGAGGAAGGAAUGUUCAUGUUCGUCGGAGUGGCCGUCUAGCUCAUUCAUUCUGUAAAAUAAUCGUUCAUUGGUUGGUCGGUUAAUUUUUCUUGGAGUCGGUUGAAUUUAAUCUCUGCUUGGAGCUGAAUCAGAAAUCAACGGAGCAGCGGAAGAAGGUGAGGAGAGAUGUCGUACUAUUCAUCCCGUAGUUCGUCUCGGGCUACUGACUGUAAAGUGUACGUGGGCGACUUGGGCAAUGGUGCUGCCAAGGGGGAGCUGGAGCGAGCGUUCAGUUACUAUGGCCCACUGAGAAGCGUCUGGGUGGCCAGGAACCCACCGGGGUUUGCCUUUGUGGAGUUUGAGGAUCCUAGAGACGCAGAAGAUGCUGUGAAAGGCAUGGAUGGAAAGGUUCUUUGUGGUUCUCGUGUUCGUGUGGAGAUGUCAACAGGCCUCUCCAGGAAAGGCCGUGGGCGCCCAAGCCGACGCCAGUUUGACCCCAAUGAUCGGUGUUACCAGUGUGGAGACCGGGGCCACUAUGCCUAUGACUGCUACCGGUUUAGCAAGAGAGGAGGUCGUCGCAGCAGGUCUCGCUCUCGAUCUCGCUCUAGGUCCAGGUCCAGGUCCCGUGGACGCCGCUAUCGCUCUCGCUCCCGCAGCCGUAGCCACAGCCGGAGCCGUCGCAGAUCUCCAUCCUAUUCCAGACGCAGGAGCAGGUCUGGUUCCCAAGCCCGUUCCAAGUCCAGGACUCCAGUGAGAAGUCGCUCCAGAUCUCGGUCCCGGUCUGGCUCCGCACCCAGAGGACGCUCUGCCUCCCGAUCCCGCUCACGAUCUCAGUCAGCAAACCACAAGAGGAACAGCGUGUGGUGGGAGCUGAGCACUGCACUGACACCGCAGCUGAUCCCAGGCCCAGGGUCUGCCAGCUGGCGGUGCGUACGUCCUGCGGGAGGGUGACUAAGCGCUGACCUGAGAUCAGCCUUCGCCUGCAUCUGGUGUUAGACAGCGAGAAAGAGGUCGACCUACCGACCGAACCCUCCCCACAGUGAAUGGGUGACCGUCUGUUCAACCGACGCACACGCUCAGACGAAAUCAGCCCGUGCACACAUACAGUUGUUCUACUAGAGUCACCCAGCCAGCCAGCCAGCCUUCAGAUGCACCAGAGGGCUGACCCACACAGAUUUUUAACCCAUUACCUACCUACCAGACCCCCCUACCUACCAGAGUUCUUCGGCCUCUGUCUUAGCUUCUGAAAGUGAGAGAAAGAGAGCUGACGAGAGAUCAGUCUUCAAGAGCCUCCCAGCGCAGUGUCUCUCCAAGUUGUAGUCAUCCGUCCUUCAGUCCUUUCAUCCUUCGCUUCUCUGUACUUGUUGUUUCUGCCACUGUCUCCAAAGGUAACCAAAAAUCAAACCCCCUGACAAGCUCAUGUUCAUGGUGAAAGAAAAUGCACAGGCUUGAUGUAGUCUGGGAAACUGGUGAUACUAGAGCUAAAGUUGAGCCUUUUAACAAGCAUGCUCAGAAUACUAAUGUGUGGGUGUGUGUGUGUGUGUGUGUGGAUGUUUGAGUGCAGGAGAGGAAGGCAACAUGAAUUUUAAUGGGCUUAUAUCUCUGAGGAGGCUUUGUCAGAUAUGUAGCAGCAUCAUUAUCAUGUUAAGCUGCUUUACCAUGAUAGUAUUUAUUUUAAUACUCAAGCUAAGUACAGUAAUAAUGGUGGCUUUGAAAAGUGCAGUCGCUUCACUGGUCAUGGUGUAGAACAGUUUCCAUGUGUUUGUGCUGCCCUUCUCUGUGUUAGUACUUAUUGAAGGAUUAAGUGCUAAAUUUCUCCUCAGAGCAGAAAUCAAUAUAACCAUCUGUUGUAGAUGCAGGUGAGGACACUGUCAAAGACUUGAGUCAGUCGUUUGAAUGGGUGUUUGUUUGGCCUGGAGGGUUCAAUUAUGCAUUUAGCUUUUAACCCUGAAGUUAUUUCUCAGAUAUACAAAGAUAAAUUGCCUUAAAUGAAUGAAACACAGAUAAAAGUUAGUGUCUCUUGACAUGAAGGGUGAAAAGAAGUAUUCAGACAGUUGACAAAUAUCAGCGCCCACACAGUCAUGUAUUUCACAUACAGUGUAUUAAGAUGUUGGGUAAUGUGGGUUUUUUUUCUCUGAUCAUUUUUCCAUCCUCCCCUGUGGCAAGCUAACCCCCCUCUGUUUCUGUUUCAGUCGUUCCCGUUCAGCAAGCCCAAACCGAAGCCCUUCGCCAGCAGACGACUGAGUGAAGAAGACUAUUAGUCCCCCCCCCCACUGCUCUCCUUAAGAGACCCUCAAUCCCUGCACCCUGUCUGCUUUUACAGCCUACAGCAGCUGUUUUGUUUUUUUGUACUUUUCUGUCUAGUCCCAGUCUUUUAAGUUUAAUUUUCUCCCCAGGACUGUCGUCUUUGUGCAGCCUCAGAUAGAGUCAGGAUAGCAGACAUGAAUCAGUUUUCAUUUGAUGUAUGUUGCAGUUGACUUUUAGCAGUGAUUUGGGCAGUCGUACAGUAAAUGGCAGUGGAAGAUAGCUCAGUUGAUGCAGUUCUUAAGGGUGAGAUUGCAUUGAAACAGUGCUUUUAUUCCCUAAGCUCAAACUUCUGGACCUUAGAAUAUUUUUCCCUUUUGCGAAAGCAGGUGAUGUAUUUUUUUUGUAUAGCUCGACAGUUUGACUUUUGAGUUCAAAUGCUGUUUAACGUUUGCACUCACGGUGGCAUAAGGAGACAGUUGCUGGCCUGCAUGGCUUUAAAUAUGUCACAUUCCUACUGUUUGUUGUUUCUGUGCUGCACUGCCCUUUUUAUGAACCUGAUCGGCUUCACUGUGUGUUGGAUAGAUUUUCCCCAUGUGUUCAUUUCUGACCUGUGAGUUCUGAUUUUAAAAUAUAUACAGUGCUUCAAUUUGAUUUCCGUUGGGGCAGUUUUGUUCUGUUCCUGGCUUAUAUGGUAAGACAGUGGCAGUUUUAGUUUUCAAUAAACCUCUUCAACAUA